CUCUCUCACGCUCCUCUCACCUCCAGCUCCCUUGGGUCCUCACACCUCACUUCUGCCUCACCUCCGUCACUUGUUCCUAUAUUACUUCUAUAGAGUCACUCUCAUACCAAUGACUAUGAUUCCAUCUCACAGAUGACGAGCACCUCCUCAAUGCGUAUUACUAGGCCAAAGUGACCCCCGGGGUGCAUGGCGUAGCGUGUCGCUUGAUCCUUGCUCCGAGUCUUGACUGGACGCCGGCCUCCGAAAAAUCUCAGCAGCUGCUCGUCCUGCAUGUUGCGCUGUCACCUCGUCCAUUAUUACGACGCCCUGCAUGCUUACCUCACGACUUCCCUUCCUGUCGCCCUGGCCUGAAAAUGCUCCGCUAGGGCGUCCCUAGUCACCCACCCGCCUGUUCCGAAAUGAAUGCGCUUCACCCUGUGCUUCUUUCCGCUCUCUGACGGAUGCUAUGGCGUCUGUCAAAGCCGGAGAGACCACACUAGCCCGUGUGUCGCCGGGGAAAGGUAAUUAAUUACCCUCGCAACCCAAAGCCCGUGGUUCCAUUCAUCCUGAAUUUCACCGCCCAUACCCCGGCUAUUUGAUUCUAUCCCUUUCCUAUCCAAAAGAUAUAUUCCUCCGUCCCAUCCCAGCUUGAUCACUUCUUUUCCUUCCCAACAACAACCAAAGGUCGACUUCCAUAUCCAACCAACAGGUACUGAGUACUUGAGGGCGUUGACACACCAUCCCCAACUACCAACCUCCACCACAACCACAACCAUGCUCGCUUCAACAUCCACCAACCCGGCCAUCCAGGCCUACAAGGUCUACCACCUCUCCCAGACCAAGCUCGACCGGGAGUGCCGCCGACAAACCCCCGACCUCCAUCGCAUUGUCUUGCACGCCUCCAUUGUCGACAAUGUUCGCCGAUGGUCGCGGGACCUAGCCACCCCGUCCGAGACCGUGGUGGUCGACUCCGAGUCGGACACGGACAGCGACCCCUUCGAAGACUCGGCAUCCGACGAGGAAUACGAGGAUGCCAUGUCUGUCGACGACCAGGUUGCCAUCUUUGACUGCGAGGUCGACGACGACACGACCAUUGAGCAACAGUCGCAAACCAACCCCAAAGUCUACGCCGUUCAGACUGGUGUGGUCCCGCCUGUGGAGACCAAGGACGCCCCGUCCAACUCGGCGCCGGCCAGCCCCAGGAGACGAGCUCCCCCUCCACCGUCGGCUGCGAACUCGACGUACGAAUUGAACGGCCAGAGCUGGAAGCAGAACCGACCAGUCACAGUCCGGGAGACGGCCAUCGAAGUCGACGGCGACGACUAGAUGGGCUGGAUGCCAGACACGAUAUGCCUUUACGACAACUUGAUACCCCCCUGCUUUAGAGCAUCUAUUGAGCCGCGAGGCUACGAUUUUUACGAUCUCGACUCUCCCAUCGCUGCCAAUGCCACCAUCACCUGGGAAUAUCGACGGUGGAUCUCCAGUUGAGCUAGAUGCUACGGAGGUCCACCGGCGCGAUGGCAGCGACAGAGGAUGAGUUCGACCGUGUCAGGGAAGCUUCACCGGAAUAACGACCAGGUCGUCGACAUUCCCGGGAAGAAAGGAAAGGAAGCAAGGGACCGCGCAUGAGCACCCCUCUCGAAUGGGACAUCAGGCUUCCCCCCUUCCCACCGAACCUCAGUAGUCGUGGCUUUUGACAAGUCAGCCUGGGGCGAGGGGUCGGGGAGGAGUGAGUCUCCAUUCUGGGAUGUAGGGAAUGCACUCUGCCGUAUAGGGUCCCCGGGUGUGGACUGGAAACACCGAGAUCUGCGAUCCAUGGUCUAUGUACAGUAAUUCGGCCGCCAUCCAUUUCUCCCGCAUUGCACGGGAGAUCUGAGAUUGUCUAUCAGUUGUAUUUUUAAUCGAGAAGUGGACAAGGAGGGAAAUGAAUCAAUUACACAAAUCUUUCGUCAAUGA